UAUAAACACCACAGGAACUACAGUCUAGUAAAGAAGAUGUAGGCACGGCCUUUCUUUGCAGUGGACGAGGAAAAUGCGCAAGUCAAAGGCAAAGCUGGAUGGCGGUGCGCGGCGGAGAGGCGGCCAUUCAUUCUCCCGUAUGGAUGAGGCCGUCCAAUGGUUUGAGCGUGAGGAUUUCGAGCCCGCUGAGUACAUCGGUUUACUACAAUCUGAAAAAGAGCUGGGCCAGGCGCGGAAUGAACUCGCCCACCUCAACGAGCAUUGCAAGCAGGAGGUCCAAAAAGUCGUCCACAACCACCACAAAGACUUCUUGGAAGCAAGUCGUGACAUACAGGAUGUGGAGGCCCUCGUGGAUGAGCUCCGGAACUACGUUUCAGGCAGCGCUGCCGUGGUGGCGAGUCUUGUAGACCUGCCACCCCUUCCGAAGCAGAUCUCCAUCAACCCUCAGCUCCUGCAGCCCACUGCCGCCCUCGGGGAGC